UGUGCUUUUCGAAGCCCUCCUUUGGACACGCCCACUUCCCCCCUUCCUCUCUCCCUCCCACCUCGGGCUCCCGGGGCCACUAUGGCAGCUACUUGGGAAGAAAUCCUCCAGUUGUCUCAACAGUUCCAAUCCGCUCAGAUCGCCCAGGCGACUCAGAGACUGUCGGAACGUAAUUGCAUAGAGAUCGUUUCCAAGUUAAUUGCUGAAAAACAGCUGGAAGUAGUGCAUACUCUUGAUGGAAAAGAGUAUAUUACCCCUGCACAGAUUAGCAAAGAGAUACGUGAUGAACUUCAUGUUCGUGGUGGUCGUGUAAAUAUUGUUGAUUUGCAACAGGCAGUAAACGUAGAUCUGGUCCAUAUUGAAAACAGAGCUCACGACGUUGUCAGAUCUGACCGAACAAUUCAACUAGUACUGGGACAACUUGUAGAUGAACAUUACCUAGAUCAGAUAGCAGAAGAAACAAAUGACAAGUUACAAGAAUCUGGACAAGUGAAAAUAUCUGACUUGUGUAAGUCAUAUGACCUUCCAGGAGACUUCUUAAAGCAGGCAUUUUCUAUCCGUUUGGGGAAAAUUAUACAUGGCCAAAUUGAUCAAGACAAUCGAGGAGUGAUUUUCACAGAUGCAUUUGUCACACGGCAUCGGGCCCGUAUUCGUGGUCUCUUCCGUGCCAUUACCCGGCCUACACCGAUAAUUAACUUAAUCACACGACAUGGAUUUCAAGAGCAUUUGCUUUACUCUAUGUUAGAAGAACUUGUUAAUACAGGACAUCUAAAAGGCACAGUGGUUGGUGGAAGACAAGAUAAGGCUGUGUUUAUCCCUGACAUCUAUGCCAGAACGCAAAGCAACUGGGUGGAUUCAUUUUUCAGACAAAAUGGUUAUUUAGAAUUUGAUGCAUUGUCCAGACUUGGCAUCCCAGAUCCUGUGAACUACAUAAAGAAAAGAUACAAGUCCUUGCAGCUCUUGUUUCUGAAAGCAUCUUGUGUUGGUCAUGAAAUUGUGGAUCAGGUGGAGGCCUCUGUGGAUGAGGCUAUCAGCUCUGGAACAUGGGUGGAUAUUGUGCCUCUUCUUCCAAGCUCAUUAUCUGUUGAAGAUGCCAGCAUGUUACUUCAGCAAGUGAUGAGAACCUUCAGUAAACAACAUUCAACUUUGAUCUUCAGUGAUACUAUUGUAGUCAGUGAGAAGUUUGUGAACAGCUGUGCUGAUUUGUUUGUCGAUCUUAUGCACCAGAAAGCUGAAAAGGAAAUGAAAAAUAACCCCGUUCAUUUAAUCACAGAGGAGGAUCUGAAACAGUCUGCUCUUCUAGAAAAUGCAUCUUCAAGUAAAAAAGACAAAAAGGAUGAAAGAAGGAAGAAAGCAACAGAGGGCACUGGAAGUGUAAGAGGUGGUGGUGGAAAUGCUAGAGAAUUCAAGAUUAAGAAAACCAAGAAGAAGGGAAGGAAGGACAUUGACAGUGAUGAGGAGUCACAAGCAAAUAGAAGCAAGCACCUUGAGAUCCCUUUCAUGUCACAAGAAGAAAUUGAGGAUGUUUUAAGAAAACAUAUAAAGGACUGUCCUGAAGAGCUUGUAACAGAACUGGCUGAUCAUCUAAUAAGGCCCUUAACAAAGAGGUAUCAGGAAGAGUUGCGUUCUGUCUUUAUGUCCUCAACAUCUACUUAUUCUGGUGCUAGUAGAAGAAAGACUAUCAAGGACUUGCAGGAAGAAGUUUCCAACUUAUAUAAUAAUAUCCGCUUAUUUGAAAAAGGGGCAAAGCAUUUUACAGAUGAGACACAAGCCAAUAUUGCCAGACACAUGCUAAAGACAGUUUGUACAGACAUCACUAAUCUUAUUUUCAACUUCCUUGCUGCUGAUGUGAUGAUGGCAGCAGAAGAUUACACUGCCAUUACAAGUGAGAUGAGGAAAAAAAUUUUGAGUACAUUACCUGAAGAGACAAGAGGUCCUUUAACAAAACUCCACAUUUCUCUCAAUGGCAAGAGCUUGGAAGAGUUUGUGUCUUGCCUUGAUGCUGCUGCAGAAGUUUGUGAUAUUAUGGUGAAAAAGGGAGACAAAAAGAAAGAGAGGCAAAUCCUGUUCCAGCACAGGCAAGCUCUGAUUGAACACCUAAAAGUGACAGAAGAUCAUGCUCUUGUGCUCCACCUGGCAUCUGUCUUGCUGUUUCAGUUUUCAACACACUGUAUGCUUCAUACACCAGGGCGAUGUGUGCCACAAAUAAUUACUUUCUUGAAUACAAAGAUCCCAGAGGAUCAGCAUUCUCUUCUUGUCAAAUACCAGGGGUUAGUAGUGAAACAACUGGUAAAUCAGAAUAAGAAGAUUGGUCAAGGUGAUGACGAUUCAAUGGAUGAUAGCUUGGACACAGAAGAGAGCAUAGAAGCAAUCCGAAAACAGCUGCAAGAACUCUCUGGCUCUGUCAAAGAUCUUGUUCUGAGGCCCAGAAAAUCUUCUGUAACAGAGGAAUGAUAAUAAAAUUCAUUCAGGA